CUUUUAUUUCAUUUGUUAAAUUUUGAAGUGAACGUCUGACAGCUCCGCAUCAGCAGUAUGAGUGGACUUAAAGUCCUGGUUGUCAUAAUCUGGAUGUUGAGAGAAUGUGCCCUGUGUGUUUUGAUUUAUGCAGGUGCUGCCAGCAACAAAUGGGAAAUUAAGAUGCCUAAGAAAAUAGACGCGAUAAGUGGCUUAUGUGUUCAAAUUCCAUGUCAGUUUGAGAUCCCCGACUCAUUCAAACAGUCCCUAAACAAUCUUGUUGAAGGAAUUUGGAAAAAAAUAAGCGCAGAGGGGCCAAACGUACUUAGUUCAAAAAUGAAAGUGUCUCUUCUAAAAGGAAAUGUGACUGGCAACAUCUCGGACAAAAAUUGCACCACUGUGUUCUACAGCUUUCCUGAUGGAUACAGUGAAACAUUUUUCUUCAGACUUCAGGGUCCUGAAACUCUCUUGUACACAUUUCAGCAAGGAAUAAACAUCACAGUCCAUAAAGAUGUUCCCCCGCCUAUCUUGAGCCCAUAUGUUCAGGUGAUGGAAGUUCUAGAGGGCACCAGGUUGACACUGACCUGCUCCACUGUGAUCUCAUGUCCCUCAGUCCAACCUCAGUUGCAGUGGAACCCACAGCUAGGAGAAAAGCUCACACCAGCCCUACAGGAGGAUGAAUUUGGACAGACACUAUUGGCCUCCUCUCAGAUGUUCAAUGUGACUCCUCUAAAUGACCAGCUGAAAAUCUCCUGCUCUGUUUUGUACUAUCAGGGCGCCAAAAGACCAGCUGAAACCAGCAUUACACUUAGAGUGUUGUAUGCUCCCAGAAACACCAUAGCCCUGGUCAGUCCAUCGGAUCCAGUGUCUGAAGGCAGUAUGGUGGUGCUGAGCUGUCAUAGUGAUGCCAACCCUGCAGUUCAGCGCUAUGAGUGGUACAAAGACAGUGGAUCUGGAAAGCUAGAGUUACAGAAUCAAGGACAGACUCUAACAUUGAUAGCCAAAAGUACCGUUCAGGGUCUGUAUGUCUGUAGGGUCUACAACAUCCACGGGACCGACCGAUCAAGACCUGUCGCUGUGGGCAUAAAUAGUUGCCAGUGCUCCAUUGCAUUGUACACUAUAUGUGGACUUCUGACUCUUUUCCUAAUUCUUAUUACUGCAGUGGGUUUGGUUAAAUACAAAAGCCUGUUAAACAGACUUGAAGCGUCUGAAAGUUUGCGAGGACCCAUGACUUACGCCACCCUCCACGGGACCAGUGACACAGUGUACAAUGUAAUACAGACAAGAGCCAGCAGAAGUGAAGACGACUAUGAAAACAGAAACCUUGGUAAACCUCAUCCCAAGUAGGAGUUGUGGCCUAGAAGCUAGCUAAAUACUCAAUAAUGUGGUGCUUAGGUUGAAGAUGCAGGUUCCAAUCUCUCCUGAGGCCUACAUGUCUCCAGCCAUUUUCCAUAGCCAUUUUUGAUAUAUACUGUAUACACACACAUUGGAAAGAAGUCUCGUGCUAAUGGUGCAUUUAUUUGAUCAAAAUAACAGUAAAAUAACAAUAUUGGGAAAUAUUUUGAGUGAUGUUUCAUGUAUUGUGAAAUGUGUGUGUGUGUGUGUGUGUGUGUGUGUGUGUGUGUAGACAUUGAAAUUGUUACAAAAUUUCCUGGUUUAGUACAGAAGAAUCGAUCUUCUUCUUUUACCACCACAAUUUGAGUCCCUCGUAUUUGUGUAUCAUGUAUGUUUGUGUAUUUUACAUGGGUUAAAGAUAUGUGACAUCUACUCAUAAAUUUAUUAGAUAAAGAUAAAUUAGAUAAAGAUGUUUCCUCUCA